AUUACAAUUAUUUAUCUGUGGCAUUGUUUUCUUUCAAUUUCAAUCAAAGCAAUUUUGCGUCGUUUCGUUGAUAUAAUUUUCUAUUAUUUAUUUUGCUUUAUUAGAUUUAACUAAGAAAAUUUGCCUAUGGUAACGUAGCGAGACAUAAUGGCGAAUCAGGAAAUCAGUUUGAAAUGGAAUGGCUAUCAGAGCAACAUUCUGUUCAAUGUAAAAGAGUUGUACAAAGACGAAGGCUUGUCGGACGUGACUCUGGUGUCUGAGGGCCACAGUUUUAAGGCUCAUAAAGUGAUACUGUCGGCGAAUAGUUCAGUUUUCAGGACCAUAUUUCAGCAAAACCCCCACAAGGAUCCAAUUAUAGUGCUUCAUGACAUCAGUACGGCCUCUCUGCGGACGCUGCUGACGUUCAUGUACAACGGGGAGGUGAAUGUGACUGAAGAAUUUCUACCAAUACUGUUAAAAACUGCAGAAACGUUAAGAAUUUGCGGUUUAUCUACAGGCAGUGAGGUUUCACGAGAAGAUGAGAAAACAUCAGCAAGCUCUUUACCUAAAAAGCGUAAGAAAAGUGAACAUGAAGAUAGCAACAGUAAAUGCAAGAAAUGUGUAUCUGUACAGGGCCGACAAGAUGUUGCUCAAAAUAACCUAGUGCCAAAGUUAGAGCCAGCGGAAUCACCACUUACGGACUAUUCCGGAGAUAAUACAAAUGAAACUGAUAUAGCAUUGCUUGACGAUGUUGCUGAGAAGAAGCAAAAUAAAGGUUCAGGAGCAACCAAGAAGAGGAAAAGAGCAGAACAAGACAACAACAAUAAGUGCAAGAAGUGUUUACCUACGGUUGAUUCUGAAACAGUUCACAAAAUUAGCUCUGACAAUGGAAAGCAAUCUAAUGUAGUCCUCAAAAUUGAGCCCAUAGAAUCACCCCUUACUGAUUAUUCAGGAGAAAAUACAAAUGACACAGAUAUUGCUUUACUGGAAGACACUUCCGAUAAGAAACAGAUUAGUGCUGAAAAUUGUCUCAACAAGAAGGCGUACAUGCUUAGUGACAGAAUUGAUAAGAGUGAAGUAAGCAGUACUCAGCCUUGUUUAAAUGAAAAAAUUAACAGCAGUGAUGCAUCCGAUGAAAUUAUUGAAAUAGACAAGGAAGUUGAAAAUGUACUGCAGAGUGGAACUAGAAUUGAAUCGCUGAGCAUAAAAACUGAGAAUCUAAAUUUGGUGAAUACUGAUGCUAAAGAUCCAUCAUUUCCCUGUCCGUUUUGUCCACGUGUUUACAACAGUUGGGGGUACAGACGGAGACAUGUGAAAUCUAGACAUGUUACUAACAGGCUAUCAUGCAAGUGGUGCGUGUCCGUCCUGCCGUCGACGGGCGCGUGGUACACGCACGCGACGCGCGCGCACGGCGUGGCGCACGAGGAGGCGCGCAACUCGCUCGUCGUCAUGGUGGAGGCCCACGCCGUGCUCACGCUCGCCGAGCCCAACGUCACGCAGCUGCUCGUCUGAGCUCAGGUAUGGUAUAUCUAGCUAGCUAGACCAUCCCCACAUAUAGGCACGGAUUGUCAAAGAAGUCCUUAAGGAGUGACUUAAGUAACCAUUAAAUGUCUAAGUACGGGGAUAAGUGUAUCUGUGGUUGCAUUGAUGACGCAUAUUUAUAGAUUUUAUGAGUUUAUUUGGGACAAAGUUUUUGAGAUUGAUUUGGUCUCAAAGUCGAAGAAAUGUUUUUUAAGCAUUAAGCAUUUUAUGUUUAAAAAACAUUUAUUCUUUCAUUCGUAUUGUUAAAAUUGCAAAAAGGAAAUUAAUAACAAAUGAAUUUAAACUUCCAUUGUCGUUCUUAUAGAAGUAAUGUAUGUAUGUGACAGAAUUUACAACAUAUUAUAUUUAUGCCAAUUGUACUUUUGUUAAUUCUAUUUUUAUGAUCAAGCUGACACUGGCAUAAUAUGUGUUUCAUUUGACUUGUUCUCAAGAUUCUUUUUUGUUAUUUUGAGCAUUAAUGCAUAUAGCCACAGACUUAGAUAAAUAUAGAGACGACAAGGUAAUGUUUGUUAAUUUCUUAUCUUCAUUGUCACACCACAGUCCUUUGUCAAUCGUGCUAGAUUUUUGUAUCGAUAUGAGUGUUGAUUCAUUUCCAAUAGUUUUUCUACUAUGUUAAUGUAAAAAUGUCACAUUCUAGCACAGUAACUUAUUGUAAGUUUUUUUUUAUUGCACAGUGAGAUAACUUCUGGUCUUCUUUUUGUCAUAAAGUAGCAUAAUAUAAGUACCUUACGGCCAGUCCAAGCAUUGUUUGACAGUUAAAUGGUCAGUAAUAUACACUUGUUUUAUUUCUGCACUAAUUUUAAGUAAUGGUAACUUUUUGUCUCUGGUUUUUCCAUAGUGAGCGGGGUUGUUUUUUAAAUUUUUAAUUUACUGUAUGUUUAUGGAAAUGGAAUGUUGAGGUAUUUCAAGAACAAUAAUGUAGUUGCGAUUUUAAUUUGCCUUUCAUCAGUCACAUUGGAUUAUUUGUUAAUCUGGUUGACCACAGACUUAUAAAUGUUUAGACAACAAUUUUGAAUUUACUUUUGUAUGUUCUGUGUCACUCAGUAUAAAAAAAAUUUGAAAGGCAUAUUAAAAUAUUAAGGUUAACUUUUCUAAUUAUCUAUAUUUUGUUUGUAUUUAUUGUUUAAAUUAUUGUAAUAGGUAUGUGAUGAUCUCAAAGUUAUGAAGUCACGGUUUUCUAGUAUCGUAAGCGCCAUAAUAAAUUGCUUAAAAAUAAAUAUUUUACGUACAUUUUUGUAUUCUAAGUCACUAUUUGCACCGGAUUUAGUACUAAAUUAUAAUAUUUGGAAAAAAAUAUUAAAUUAGGUCUAGUAUAACUUUAAUCUUCGACAUUGCUAGUUUAUGAUACAAGCCAGUCAAUGAUUCUUAAUCAAAGCUGUUUGGCUAAACCCUAACGAAAGGUUUGAAGCAGUAUAAUUAGGAAUACCCAUUAAAUGGAAACAUAAUGUAAAGUCCCGAUACCGCAAAAUCGAUAUAGUUUCUGAGAAUUAAGUUCUCAUUGCUAAGAAAGGUUCCGUAGCAUUUUCCUGCUGCAAUUUAAGCAAUUCUAAAAACUUGAUGACGUACUAAUUUGGCUCAUAAAAAUAUUUGAAAUACUCCGAAUAUCAUCGCAUCGGGGGUUUUUGUACGGUCAAGUUAUUUUCCAACGUAAGUGGGAGAGAUGGAUCGGGAAAUAUUUAAGCAUAAAAUGGUUUUUAAGCGGUAUCGGUACAAAAUAAAAAAAGUUUUUCACACUUGAACUAUCUAUUACAUUUGUAACACAUUGACUGAAUUCAUAGAGCUUAAGGUUUAAUAUAGAACGUAAUAAAUACUUGAUAUUUUUAUAACCCUUUUAAUGUAUUUCACUAAUUUAAUAACUAGCUUUAAGUCAAUUAAUAUUCGGCAAUAACUAUAGGAUGUGAUUUCAAGAGAUUAGCGAGAGAAUUUCGGAAAUUUAAUAUUCGAUUAGAAAUUAUGUGUGGCCUAAAUUUAAAAAGAAAAUAUAUAUGGAAAUGAGAUUAAAAAUAAAAAAGUAGAAGUAUAUUUUGGUACUUUAUUGUAUUAACUAUAUUUGUUCCAAGUGAUUUUAUAAUGUAAGGCAGUUGUAUGUGGUCGGAAAAA